AUGGUGCUACCGAGGGAGCUUCUCGAGAAGCCCCCGCUUAACCGGAUCCCUGAUUUGCUGCCCAGCAACAUUCGCUACUUGACAUUCAACGUCAACGGAAUCAAGACGCUAUUUAACUACCAUCCUUGGAAUCUCCUUCAGAACGACCAUGACGCCUUGUUCAGGGCUCUCAAGGCAGAUAUCAUCCUGCUUCAGGAACUCAAAAUUAACGGCGAUGGGCUUGCAAGUACAGGACUCCUCAAGGAUUACAGGUCGUUUGUUUCCAUCCCAAAAUCAAGAAAAGGCUAUUCUGGCGUGGGUCUUUUCGUGAGAGUACCUUUGAACUCUGAUCCACCACACGUAAAAGCGUGUCUUUCUGUGGUAAAAGCUGAGGAAGGGAUUACAGGAACGUUACCUAGUGCUGAGGAUAAGGCUCAGACGUACGAUGUGACACCUGACAACAUUGGAGGGUACAUGGACAGUGAGGACAUGGAGGAAAUGAACAUGACGUUUGAGGAGUUGAAAGCGUUGGACAGCGAAGGGCGUGCUGCUGUGGUUGAGUUGGCUUCUGGCACAGUGGUUUUCUCCCUCUAUUGUCCUGCAAACUCAAUGGGUACCGAAGAGGGAGAACUCUUUCGUCUCCGCUUUCUCGAAGUGCUUCUCCGAAGAUGCCGCAAGCUAAAAGCAUUGGGAAAAGAGGUGGUGGUUAUGGGUGACAUAAAUGUAUCUCUAGACUUGAUCGACCAUGCCGAAGCGAUCAACGAGGGCAUCAAGGUUAACCUUGUGAAGAACAACUUGAAAGAUGGCGGUGUGGCGUUCGAGAAAGUCAACAAGGAUCAGUGCUUGGCCUUCAAGAACAGACCCGUGAGAGCUCUACUACAAAAAUACGUACACCCCACAAACCCUUAUGCAAAGGCUCUGGAUGUCAGCUUCUUGUACGAUACUACAAGAAUCAUCCAGGGCAGACGUUUGGCAAUGUAUACUGUUUGGAAUACCAUGACAAGCGCCAGACAGUCCAAUUACGGCUCCAGAAUUGAUCUUAUAUUAUUCAGCAGCUCCUCAGACGUCGAUCACAUUUCCAAAGCAGAUAUCCUACCCUACAUCAAUGGAUCCGAUCAUUGCCCUGUAUUCACUGACGUCAAUGUUUCGUUCGUAGACAAAUUGCCUCCUUCAGAGCAGAAAAAAAUCAGCUUUGAGGCAAAGUCUUUCUACAAGCUAGUGAAACAUAGGGAUAUCUCAUCCAUGUUCGGCAAUGUAGCAAAGCGAUCAGUCACGCCAGAUUCCGAUACAGGUAACUCCAGUGGAAGAGACACCAAAAGGCCAAAACUACAGUAUGUUAGCCGCAAGAAGCUGACCACAGCAUCCGCACAACUGAAAAUUGGAGCUUUUUUCACCCAAGAACAACUUAAAGAAAACAAAGAUGUUUCUUCAGGACCACCUCAAGAGAUCAAAGCAGCCGGUCCUUCUGUCAAAUUGGACUCGAUUUCAAAGUUGACUUCACUUAUUUAUUCAGAUCCACCUAAAUGCCGCCAUGGUGAAGAUUGUGUGCUAAAGACUAGUCUCAAAACUACUUCAAAAGGUAGGAAAUUCUGGUGCUGUCCUCGUUCGGCGAAAGGCAGUUCAACAGAAUUGGGAGAGCACCGUUGUGAAUUUUUUGAGUGGGCAAAACCCAAAGGUAGAAGCUAG